ACAGAUUGCGCCGAUACAGCGAUACAGCUGUGCUUACUGUACAUAUGGAUACUAAGAUACUAACAUGUGAACGGGGUUUUAGGGAACUGUGUGGGCUUUCUUGCAGGUUUCGAGCAUGGGGGACAAGGCGAACGUAUCAGUAUAAUGGGAUCGAGACGGCUGAGGGAUAUACAGUAUGGACGAGAAUCGAGUCGCAUUAAAUUGAAAAGUGGAAUGAGUCCAUCAAAGUCGUACAGAAGUCAUAUCUCGCCUUAUCAACUGAUUCAACCAACAUUCCCAGUGACAAACAUAGAAAGUCGGACAUUCAGCAUAGUCUGGCCCUACCCUGGAUGUUCAACCUUCUUCAACAGCCAUCUAGAGCCAUAUCAUAAAAUUGCGAGAUGCCCAUUGGGUCUGACCGAAUACGUUUCGAAGCUCUCGUUGGCGCUUCCUUCUGCCUACGUGGUUCAUUUUUCGACGAAGAGUCAAAGAGUCUCUAAUCCAUUCUUCAUCGUCGUCAAGGUCGAUCCUGUCAUAGCUAUUUAUUUGGCUCCACACGCCGGUGUCGCGCAAUACGACCAAAGCACAGGAAGAAGCAUUUUCGUAAGGGCAUUUGAUAUUCACGGAGCUAUAUAUGUAGUACAAGACGAGGCGAUUCAAGAAAAUGAAAACUAGCUAAGUACAAUGUCCUUCUCU